UGUGACUGUUACUUCCAUGAGUCCCCGAGAUAAAGGGGCAGCCAGUGUUCUUGGGCAUGAUGGAGCUGGGCGAAAGCCUCUUGCUUCUGCUGAUCAUUUGCAUUUCCAUCUCAGUUCUCAUCUCAGCAUGGAGCCAAAUGGCACAGAGGAGGCACCUGCCCCCAGGCCCCACACCCCUCCCCGUCCUGGGAAACCUCUUGGAACUGAAGGCCGAUGACAUCCUGAAGUCCUUCAAGAAGCUGAGCGAUCGAUACGGGCCCGUAUACACGGUUCACUUGGGCCCUCGGCGGGUGGUCGUCCUUCACGGGUACGAGGCAGUCAAGGAAGCCUUGGUGGAUUUUGCGGAAGAGUUCAGUGGGAGAGGCUACCUGGCCACCGUGGACGACUUUGUCCAGGGUUUGGGGAUUGCCUUUGCCAACGGAGAGCGAUGGAAACAGCUCCGCCGGUUCACCCUCAACACCCUGCGGAAUUUUGGGAUGGGGAAGCGUUCCGUUGAGGAGCGGAUCCAGGAGGAGGCCCACUUCCUAGUGGAGGAAUUCAGGAAAACGAAGGGUGUACCCUUCGACCCCACGUUCUUCCUCAGCCGUUCUGUCUCCAACGUCAUCUGCUCCAUUAUGUUUGGCCAGCGCUUUGACUACCAGGACAAAGACUUCCUGACCUUGUUGACCAAGAUAAACGAGAACUUUGUGGUGAUGAGUGGCACCUGGGGCCAGCUGUACGAGAUGUUUUCGUGGAUCAUGAAGUACCUGCCGGGCCCCCACCAGCAGUUAUUCCGGAAUCUCAGUGACAUUCGUGAUUUUGUGGCAGAGAGGAUCAAGGUGAAUGAGGCAUCGCUUGACCCUGACGACCCUCGCGACUUUAUCGACUGUUUCCUCAUCCAAAUGGAAAAGGAAAGCAAAAACCUUUCCAGUGAGUUUCACCUCAAGACGCUGGCCAUGACCGUCCUCGUCCUCUUCAUCGCUGGGACCGAGACGGUGAGCUCCACGCUCCGGUUUGGGUUCCUGAUUUUGAUGAAGUACCCAGAGGUCCAAGCCAAAGUCUUCCAAGAAAUUGAUGAUGUGAUCGGGAAAAACCGCCUGCCAGUGAUGGAGGACCGGGCCCAGAUGCCGUACACAGAUGCGGUGAUUCACGAGAUCCAGCGGUUUAGUGAUGUCAUUCCUAUGAACCUUCCUCACGCCCUUACCCAGACGGUGCAGUUCAGGGGCUACACGUUGCCCAAGGGAACAAAUGUCUUUCCCUUGUUGACCUCGGUGCUGAAAGACCCCGGUAGCUUCAGUGACCCAGAGAAAUUCAACCCUGGUCAUUUCUUGGAUGAACAAGGGCGUUUCAAGAAGAACGAUGCCUUCCUUCCCUUCUCCACAGGGAAACGGAUCUGCGCUGGGGCAGGCCUGGCACGCACGGAGCUCUUCAUCUUCCUAACUUCUCUGCUGCAAAAUUUCACUCUCAGGUCUCCCGUUGACCCACAGGAGAUCGACCUCACUCCGCCUGUGAGCGGCUUCGCAAAUAUCCCACCCACCUACCAGCUCUGUGCCAUUCCACGCGGAGGACGGGCUGGUCAGGAGGGGGAGUGGGGAGAGGGCAAGAAAGGUCAGGAGGCACCAAAUGUUGGUGGGGAGAGCCCUGGGGAAAGCUGCCAGCCGGCACCCAGGGAAUGAAUCAACCAGCACUAAAUAGAAUGUUAUUAGUGGGGUGUGUUAUUAUUUAGGAGGUGUCCACAGCUUUAAGGCAACACAGGUCUCUAGGGUGGAAGGUCCAAUACCUAAUCUACGUGAUGCUACCGUGUGGCUUAUUGACGCUGCACUUACCUUUUGUUCCGCUGUUCUUUGCUCCUGUAAAAUACAGCCGACACUCGCAGCACAAUCCAUCGAGGGCCUACCUGAAAUGAAAGUUGCAACAUCUUCAUCCCAGAAUCCAGGGGGGAAUAAGUCACGGGGAGAAUUCUCCAAGCGGUUUCCUUCCAGCUGGGGAGAAGGGUGGGCCACCCCCACGCCCCAUUGGAUUCUAGGUCAU